GAUAACUCGGGCAGAGCAGGUACAACAGCAGAGAGAGGACAGAGCGCAGGGCACGGUACCAGGGCAGGACAGGGCAGGUGCACUGGGCAGGAGAGCAGGCAGGAGAGCAGGCAGGACAGGGUAUCAUUGCCAGGCAGCGCAGGGACAGGAGACCGAGUGGACAGAGAGCAGGAGGCGGGCAGACAAGUAGCAGCGCCAUGUACUCCAACAGGUUCGAGGGUCCCAGGAGAGGGCGAUCCUUUGAGUCUGUGAACUCCGGGAUGGACGAGAAGCACCUGAACAACGAGAUCAACAAAUCGAAUUUCAAUAAAAUUGAAGAGAAUAAGGAGAAUAAAGAGAAUUGCAAUGUGUCUGUAGAACGGGGACGAGUUGCUGUGGUCUUCUCACUCAAAAAUGAAGUCGGUGGGCUUGCGAAAGCACUGAAACUCUUCCAGGAAAAACAUGUGAAUCUAGUUCACAUCGAGUCUAGAAAAUCUAAGCGAAGGAAUUCUGAGUUUGAGAUUUUCUUGGAUUGUGACAGUAACCGGGAACAACUCAAUGAAAUCAUCCAAAUUUUGAAAAGUCAUGUUAAUGUGGUCACCCUGAAUCCACCUGACAACUCCUAUGCACAUGGUGGUGAUGUACAAAUUUAUUCCCUUAAUGCUGAUGAAAUGGAAACUCCUUGGUUUCCAAAGAAGAUUUCUGAUCUGGACAAAUGUGCGAACCGGGUGCUAAUGUAUGGCUCAGACCUGGAUGCAGAUCAUCCGGGAUUCAAAGACAAUGUCUACCGAAAACGGAGAAAAUACUUUGCAGAUCUGGCCAUGGCCUACAAACAUGGUGAGCCUAUUCCACGGGUGGAAUUCACAGAGGAAGAAGUGAAGACUUGGGGCACAGUUUUUCGAGAGCUGACCAAGCUGUAUCCAACCCAUGCCUGCAGAGAAUAUUUGAAGAACUUGCCUCUGCUGACAAAGUAUUGUGGCUAUAGGGAGGAUAAUAUUCCGCAGUUGGAGGAUGUAUCCAGGUUCCUAAAAGAAAGGACUGGGUUCACUAUACGACCAGUAGCUGGUUAUCUGUCUCCCCGAGAUUUCCUGGCUGGUCUGGCAUUUCGGGUGUUCCACUGUACUCAGUAUGUGAGACACAGCUCAGAUCCCCUCUACACCCCUGAACCUGACACAUGCCAUGAGCUGAUGGGACACGUUCCUCUUCUGGCUGAACCGAGUUUUGCUCAGUUUUCCCAGGAGAUUGGCUUGGCUUCUCUGGGAGCUUCUGAUGAAGCAGUUCAGAAACUAGCCACAUGCUACUUUUUUACUGUGGAAUUUGGUUUGUGUAAGCAAGAUGGCCAACUCAGAGUCUAUGGAGCUGGUCUGCUGUCUUCUGUCAGUGAACUGAAGUACUCACUCUCAGGAAAUUCCAAAGUGAAGCCUUUCGAUCCAAAAGUCACUUGCAAGCAGGAGUGUCUCAUCACUACAUUCCAAGAUGUCUACUUUGUUUCAGAAAGUUUUGAAGAUGCCAAAGAGAAGAUGAGGGAAUUUGCAAAGACCAUCAAGCGCCCAUUCGGUGUGAGGUACAAUCCAUACACACAGACUGUGGACGUUCUGAAGGACACCAAGAGCAUCACAAACGUUGUGAGGGAACUUCGACAGGAGCUUGAUAUUGUUUCAGAUGCCCUCAGCAGGAUCAACAAGCAAUUUGGCAUCUAACCCUACCCUGUCGCUGCCUCGAUCCCUUACCCCUGUUGCAAGCUCAUACCUGGUUGUUAUUCUUAAGGCAUGAUUAGAUAAUACCUUGACCAAUUAACUAACCAUUAACCUGCAAAAUUACAGCUUGUGAUAGCAUCUUAAAAAAAACAGACUGUAUCAGAAUGCCCUGGUUUUGAAGUAAUCUGUAUUUGGAAAACAAGCAUCCCAUUCAUGUAAACACCAAUCCUUGUUCAAGUUCUUAUCAUUACGAAAUAUCAAAACUGAAUCAGGCAUCCAGGCCGUCAUAUUAAAACAUGUGCUCUGUUCCUCUCUGCAUAGGUAUUGCCAGAGUGUCUGAGUGUUCUCAACAUGUUCCAUUGAUUAUUUCAGUAUUGUAGUUCUGUGUUCUGUCAGGCAAUUCUCCAUUUCCUCGCAAGGUUCAGAGUAGGCAGUUACAAUUCUCAAAUACGCAUUCAACAGUUUCCAUUAUUCACAUUGUUGGACCUGCAGGACCAUUGGAGAGAGCCUUUUACAAAAUAAAAAUACCACAUUCUUCAUUUAUUCAUUGGCUGCGAUUUUAAAAAAAUGUGAAUAAAUUGUCUCCUUUGUGAACAUGACAGAAUUCCUGAGGAGCAUUGCUCAUUGAAAGUUCCAUGAAUAGAAAUAAAUAGAGUAAAUGGAUAUGCACUGCCUGUCAGAAGAAAAACCAGCAUACCCGCAGCUCCAAGAAAAUGAAUUCGAAAUUAAAAAUCAAUUGAGGUUUAGUCCAAUAUUGGAGCCUGCUGCACUGACAGGUAGUCUUCAUUGAAAUAAAUUAACUAUUACAAGGUUUGGAUGAUUUAGAUCCUGACUUUUCUUUAAAAUAAGUUGGGCUGGUACUGCCAGAGAGCAGAAAUAUAAAUUCAUGAAGACGAUCCAGAAGGGAUUCCUCUGUGAAAGUUUUUAUUUGAGAUAAUCAGCCAGAAGAGAGAGAAAUUUGGAUUUCCCAUUUUUGCUGAAUCAGAAAUAUCAACAACAGAGUGAAAAUUCUGACCUCCACAAGUUCCUGUCAGGACAGUUUUUGGGGGUGAAGGGUUUAAUUCAGCUUCCAGGCCAUUGGUGGGUUAUUUAUUUGGUGUAAUGAUCUAUCCUAUUGGAAUGCACAGGGUUUCCAUUCCUUGGCAGUCACUCAGGAACAAGCAGGCAUUGGUGUCUUCAGGAGCUGCUAAGAACAAUUGAGGAAAUCUCAGAUGAUAAAUUCCUGUCAUUUGUGUGAAAUGAUGGGGAAGGUAUAGAUUACACCCAAUUACAUUGUUGGGAGUGGUCAAACAGGGAACCAAUGGAGCAGAAUAUCUAGGUUAGAAUCUCUAAGAUGUCACAUGAAGUAUCCAGUGGGGAUACACUGGGCUCUGAAACUUGGAAUAUUAGAGCAUUGGUGGCAGGCUUCAUAUAUUCUGAAGGAUUUAAUCUUGCAAUAGUUUACAAUUGGAGUAUUAUCUGAUGAUGGUUGAAGGUGCAGAAUAUAAUCCAGUAUCUGGCUUCAUUAGCUGGUAUAAUGAUCAUGCAUGACUGUUAUGCCUCUGGGACAAUGGUGUACCCUCUGCAUGCCCACUCAGUUUUGCAGGUUAAUGUUGGCAGUUGCUGACUAGAGUAGAAUGUUCGCUGAAAUCCCACUGUCUUGCAAUAGUUGUCACUCUGAAGAUUUGGAAGUUGUUGUGUGAAUGAUUUUCAUAUUCCCUGACUGUCAGCUGUAGUAUUUGCAUAUUGAUUGUUGUGUUUGUACAUGCAUUCACAGUCACCAGUAAUGCUUUUUGCUCAGAAAAUCAUUGUUUUAAAGUAACCAAGCUUUCAGUUCCUGUCUUGGGGGUGGAACAGUGAAAAAGCAAUAUUGGAGUAAGUGUUCAGUUCUAAGCAAGUCCAUUUGGUAGCUGGAUGGAAGCUGAGAUAAUUGUAAUUGAACAGCAAAAACGAGUACAACAUUGAACCCCAACUUGGUUAACAUUCACAAUGUGAAAGUGCUUUUGAAUUAAGAUCCAGAUGGAAGGGAAGAGGGUUUCUAAUGAGUCCUGCUACUUUAAUCUAGUACUAUGCAUAGAAUUUGGGAUUAAAUGUGUAUGUAUUAAAAUGAAACUGGGAUUGUGCAGGAAGAGACUGUACUUUCAGUUUAUGUGUAAUAGAUAUUAAUAGCCUAACAAGGACAAAUUAUGUUUCAUCUCAUGUAG